AAUUAAUUGUGCAGACUUUGGGCUACCUAUGGCUGCUACCGCUAGUCAUCGACGUUCAAUGUUCAAUGGGUUGACUUUGUGAUUCUUUCUCUACCAGCAAACAUUUGCCAACUCACUUCAGUCACUCUUUUGGUACGUCGCUGGCUAGUCCAGUGGCAUUGACGUUCGUUCUUUUUGGAGAUGAAGUCCUUCUUGUCAACUUGUGCCGCACUACUGGGUAGUUUUGUAUUUUCCUCCGCGUUCCCUACGGCUUCCAAUGUUGCACUUCUCGCCAGAGCAGGAGGUCUUGAUGUCUCAGAGGACUGGUCAUUCGAGGGGAUUGUUCGCCAAGUGCAGCAUCAGCGAGAGAAGAGACUGCUUGUUAACCCGUUAGACACGCCGAUUCAAGUCGAUGGCCAGCAUCAAUGGCAGGCGCCUAGCUCGAGCGCCCAGAGAGGACCAUGUCCCGGACUCAAUGCGUUAGCCAAUCAUGGCUACAUCGAUCGCUCUGGAGUUGCAAAAUUUCCCGAUGUUAUCGGCGUCAUAAAUGAAGUGUAUGGAAUGGACAUUGGUCUAUCGACAAUACUUGCCGUGAUGGGCACUGUCUGGACUGGCAACCCGAUUUCCUUGAGCCCAGGCUUCUCUAUUGAUACAUCGUCUCCGCAGGCACAGAAUCUGCUCGGAAACCUACUGGGGCUCCUAGGUACACCACGGGGUAUUGGAAGAUCGCACAACUGGAUCGAGGCAGAUGCUUCACUCACCCGAGAUGACCUUUAUGUCACGGGUGAUGCUUCUACGAUGGACAUGAGUCGGUUUCUUCGGCUUUAUAACCGUGCGGGCGACGAUACAGAUGUCAUCUCGACCGACAAUGUGCUGCAGCAUGCAAUCGAUAUGCUCGACGAAUGCAUUGCCACCAACCCAUAUUGCUACUACGGACCUUAUACUGGCGCCAUUGCUCGUAAUGCUGGCGCGGCAUUUACUCUUCGCUUACUGUCAAACCAUUCAACCGAGUAUCCAGGAGGGAUCAUGACCAAAGAGAUUUUCAAGUCUUUCUGGGGCGUGGUCGACAACGCCGACGGUUCGCUCCAGUACAAGCGAGGGUGGGAACGCAUCCCCAACAACUGGUUCAAAGCUCCCGUCGACUACGGCCUGGUGCAGCUCAACUUGGACCUCGUGGACUGGUUCAUCAAGUAUCCUCAGCUGGCUUCGAUCGGAGGCAACACCGGCACGGUCAAUUCGUUCACAGGAUUGGACAUUAGCAAUCUGUCCGGCGGCAUCCUGAAUGCAGAGACCUUGCUGGAAGGCAACAAUCUGCUCUGUUUCGCAUUCCAGGUGGUGAACACCGUCUCACCAGACUCUUUGUCCCCGCUCUACUCGGCAUUGGCAGUGCCCCUGAAACUCCUCACGGACGCCCUGGGCUCAGCACUCGAUCCUCUGACAUGUCCACCACUUGGUGACCUUACAUAUGAAGGCCAGCCGAUCUGGAAGUCUCUGACAAACGCAUUUGCCGGUGCUGAGCGUGCUGGAUCGCCGUUGUGAGCCUCUGAGCAUGAAAGUGGAGGUAGUUUAUCUGGUAGAUAAUGGUCACCCUUGGGGACUUCAACCA